UUGUAGGGAUACUCAUGAUGACCAACGUAAGUAAAAUAUUGCGCACAGACAUUUUAUUAUCUGUGGCAAUAACGAGUUCCUGGCUGUCAGUAGACAGGUAACCGUUAUAACUUCGUUGUCUUCGUUACUUUCAUCACAUCACUACUUUGACAACAACCAUUUUCGUGGGAUUCACCGAGAAACAAAAUAUAAAAUAAUUUAUAUCGCUUUUUGUGAUAAGAGGGUACAUAAUCUACUGUGAGAAUAUUUGCCGACCUCAUGUGGAUUAUUUGCGAUGCGAGAAGCGGCAGGAAACGUGUGAUUUCGUAUUUAUUUUGUUCAUUUAAGAAAUUUGAGCAGUUUAAGUUUUAAGUUCGUUAGUUUACUAGUAAUUGAAAAGUUAAAACCGUAAGAUGGAGGAGGAGGAUACGAAACAAUGUCCCAAUUGCAAGCGCGAGAUCCCCUCGAUCAACUUCACGACGCACUCUGUCCACUGUGCCCGCAACCUCCGCAACUGCCCUGUCUGCAAGGAGCCAGUGCCCGUGGCGCAACUGCAAGAGCAUCACGACGCGUUGCACAAAGAAGUGCCGUGUAAGAAGUGUGGCGAGAGCGUCUGCGGGACGGACCUCGAGGACCACAUCAGGGAUUCCUGCGCACAAACCAUCAAGCCAUGCAGAUAUUGCGAGCUAGAACUCCCGCGUCACGCACUGCCGCCCCACGAGACCUACUGCGGGGCGCGCAGCGAGCAAUGCCCGGAGUGCAAGGAAUACGUCAUGAUCAAGUACCGCCAGCUGCACUUGGACUCUAACCAUGGCUUUAUUCGGCUCUCUGACGAUCCUGUACCAAUAGAAAUCAAAGCAAAACCUAAACCCAUCACCAACGGCUUCGCAGCCCCAUCCACUAGUCGUCAGAACGAACCCAACAGAGCCAGACCUCAAACUGAGAUACCUCAGACCGGACCCACUAGAUCUGACCUUAGAUCCAAUGGACCUCAGACUGACAUACGAUACUUUCCAGGGUCAAGCCAAGGCACCAGAGGUAGUGCCGUUAAUGGGGUCAAUGGAGCUGCUAGCGAUUAUUCUAGAAAUGACAGAGUUAAUAUAGAUAGGGUUUCUAAUAUGGGAACAAGUGGGGACAGAAAUGGGAAAGUGACGGUGAAGAGGACGAACGAUCAACCGCAGAUCAAUACGAGUGUGGAACCGAGAGAAAAGGUGCAUAAGGAGUUACCGUCUCGCGGGGCCGUCAAGAAGCGGCCGGCGCCGCCGCCCCCGGCGCCCCCGGCGCCCCCGGCCGACCCCACGCGCGACCUCCCGUACUGGAGCGCUCAAAAGCGGGCUCAGGAGGAAGAGCGCAAGCGGCAGGAGCAGACCGCUUAUAACCUUUCUGUCGGCCUCCCACCCGUCCUCUCACCAGCAGCCAAACUCGACAAGCUUCGCAAAAUGGACGCCCUGCACAACCGAGAGGUAGAAGAGGACUACAGUCACAAGUUGCGAGGCCGAGUACAGCAACCCACAGAGCCAGAGGGCUAUAGACUUGGCGAUCCUGACAGAGUAGGCCAAAACGGACAGAUCGACGAUCUAAGCCACCUGCGGCCGAUGACUGCGCAACAGUUUAUGGACAGGUUCCAAGAGCUCCAACUAGGGCAAGAGCGUCGUCUCGCACCGAACGGGGCCGCGCCGCCGGGGGGCUCCGGGCCGGCACUAGGGGGCGCCGGGAUGGGUCCGGGGUGCGCCGGGAUGGAUCCGGGGCGUGCCGGGACGGGUCCGGGGCGCGCCGGGCCGGCAGCGGGGCGCUCCGCCGUCGCUGGAGACCGGUUCAGUGAGAUCAAGUCCUCCUUGAGGGAGUUACGACGAGGGCUCAACGAGGUAACCGCACCAUACAACACAACGUUAAAUGCUACCAACAAUACUAACAUAGACAGUAACCGCCUGUGCCCGCCGAGCCCGCCAGCCGGCGCCGACGAUGCCGACGAGCUGCGGCUGCCGUGCGAGUUCUGCGGCGUCCCUAUACUAGCCGACGACUUAGUAUUGCACCAGACUGGCUGCCGACCCGACUUAACCCAGUACCGACCGAAGUCGUCCUCCCGCUCGCGCUCCCCGCGCGCGCCGCGCCCCCGCCCGCACCCCCGCCCGCGCCCGCGCCCCGGACCCGAGGCGGACGACCCCGUCAUACCUUGCGAGUUCUGCACCGAGUCGCUCCCUGUCUACCUUAUUAGUGAGCAUCAGGAGCGGUGUCGUCGAGAAGCGAACGUGUUAUACCCGGACUGAGACCAUGGUGACGUUUAACUACUAUAUACUAUCGCAUGACAAUUAUUUUCAAACUCUUCCACGACAGUGUUCUAGCUUUAUUGAUUAUCUGAGUGCUAAGAUGCAUAAAAUAGUGUAUAUUGGAACCGUUAAUUUGAAAGAUAGACAGUAGAUGGCGCUGUAAAUUAUAGUGUAGAUUGUCAAGCGUUAACGUUUGUCAAUCCAUUUACCAGAAUUGGGACCGUGCGAAGUGCAUGGUGGGGGUAAGUAAAGCGAUCCCAGCGCAUGAGGUGGUAAAAAUUAGAACUAAUUGCGGAUAGCGUCUUUAACAUCUCGUACGAGUUAUAUAGCUCGAAAUGAAACUUUGAUUUACGAUUUCUCCUGAAAUAUUCAUUUAAAUUGUAUAGUGUAAGGGACCAUUGUAAUCUGUGUGAAAUGCUUAAUACAAUUAACGCAUUUAAUUUGAUAAUUGUUAAUAAUGUAACAAGUUAUAUACCUAAGCUUUCCUCAAGAAUCACUCUAUUGAUAGAUGAAGGUCGUUUGAAAAUCCGUUCAGUAGUUUUUAGUUUUGGAGUAGUUUUAUAAGAUGUAGUGCAUUGACGUUUUCCCCUAGACUUGCGGACGCUAUAAGAUGUAGUGCAUUGACGUUUUCCCCUAGACUUGCGGACGCUAGGUUGCGUGACAGUCGUGCACAUAGCGAAUAGUAAACAACAAAACAUAUUCUCCUAGACUGCAAACAGGUAGAAGUAUACAGGAACAAAUACCUAGGGACUUCGUGCACACUAAAUGAGGCAGUUAGCAACCUGAAAGCCUUGCUAGGCUUCGUGGAGGAGCUGGGGUGGUUAGAGUAACGCUACCUCGUCUCACGCAAAUAGGAACAAUGGUUAUCGAUUUGCGGAAAAUGCCCAGCAUAACUAAUUAACGUGUAAUGCGUAUAGCGCCAUCUUCUAGCAUAUUUCCGGUUACAAUUUUGUAUAGUUCUUUUUUUAGCAUUUUAAAGAAAGUAAGCGAUUUUGGCAAAUAUGGAACAAUUAUAAAUCAUAUACGAUCAUUUAUAUUCUUUUGCUUUAAUAAGUACCGUAAAACCACCCAACUAUAGUCCAAUACUGCAAUUAUGGUUCACAAGUUCAAAAGGAAAUUAAGUAUCUAUACCAAUGUUCCUUGUGGUUUACUCCUAGUUUUACCUUCCAUUUAUAAACAUACUUUGCCUUAGAACUACAAAAAUAUAGUAAAGUACACACCUAAACGAGAAAAAUUUAGUUUAUUUGUGGACCAUAGUUGGGAGCUUUGGACUAUAGUUGGGUGGUUUUACGGUAAUACUUAUUGCUGAUUUUUAACCUUUUUGACGCCGUGUCAAACACAAACGCUGUCACCCGGACGCCAUGUCACCGAAGUGUCAAAACUGAAAUUGAACUUUACGCAUAAUGCACGGAGGGUCUAUGUUGGUCUGUGGCGGAUUAAUCCGUCUGCGGCGUUGGACCUACGCUGCGCAUGUAUCCGUCAUUAGCGUUAAUCUUUUGACCGCCAAAGACGUCAUAUGACGCUCGCGGCGCCAGCCCAAUAUCAACCUUCAUGCGUACCGACAAGGUUCACGAUUACACGCCGCGUGCGAUAGGCGUGGCGUUCAAAAGGUUAAAAAGCGUUUUGCAAUAAAAGGACACGUCAAAAUUGUUUACCCUUUUUCUUAUGCUAAAAAAAGAAUUAUACUGUUAUAUGCAUCUUAGUUUCUAUUUUGUGUAAGGUACUUUAAUAGUUUAUUUAUACCUGUAAUGUUAAACUAAUUUUGUUAAUUAAGUGUCAAUACAAAAUGAGCCGUACGGCGUAUAGUUUUUUCAAUUUUCAAAUAAAUCGAAUUCUGUUCAACGAUAAUUUUUCGCUCAAUUCUUGUUUAUUGGUGUUUAUUUUAUUUACUUACUAAAUCAACAACUUAAUUCAAAUAAAAAAUACUGAAUGCUUUUAAAUUGUAUGGCCUCAAAAAUGGCGAAUCCUCCAAACUGUAUACGAUAUAAAAUAAUCUCAAAACUUAUACGAUGGAUGUUGAUGCCCCAAAAUAUAUUUGUGUCGAAUUCUAGUCAAAGGUCCCACUUUGUCGCUUACCAUAAGAACGAGAUUUGCUUGUAUCAUUAUACGAAUAACCUGUCAAAGCAUCCUUGUGGCAAGCGACAAAGAGGGAUUUUUGUUUAGAAACGACACAUUUCAUUGGUAUUUUUAUACAUAUGAUCGAUAAUAAUAAAACCGUUUAUGAGACUUACUAAUUGUAAACAUCCCCAUAUAUAAACAACGCCGCGCUACGCAGUGCGGCGCAAGCGCCAUCGACAAUAAGGUCCCUUUUCAUAGAUAAUGUCACAUAUUUAUUAAAAUGGUAGCCAUCUUGACCCCAAAAUGCGCCAGUAAAGUAAGUAAAAAAAUAUUAUACUAGAUCUUUGUCUCAAAUAUCAAUAACCUUUCCAUUUAUACGUAAAAGUUACUGUUAUCUAUGUUAUUUUAAACUGUGUCCUUGUUUGAGUAGCCACAGUGAACGAGUGCAUUUAUUCAUGUAGCUGACGAGGCAAGUCAUUUUUAAAAUGCCUGCGGCGGUAUCAUGGUCGUAUUUUUAUCACUUGUCAUGUCAUGCGUCACUUUCGCACUUACGUGUUUGUUAGAACGUGACAGGUAUGAUGACAGAUGAUAAAAAACCGGCCAUCUUAGCCCAGCUGGAGUCUUUACGAAGCAUUUUACAGCAAGGAAUUCGCGACGCUAUCUUAAACCGCUCAAAUAAAGACAUAGUUUUAGAAUAUUUAAGAAAAAAAUACCAAUCAAAGUCUGCGAUUGGGCACAUGACUAUAUUUUUCGUAAGCUAUUUAGUAUUUAGUAAAAAGUGCCAAGCGUAAAACGCAUUUUAGAAUAUAUGACUGUAGGGUAUUGGGAAAUAUAUUUAGACAUGUAUAACAAAUAUUUUUAAAAAGAUAAUACUUAUAGGAAUUGACUGUUUUCUGUUAAAUCUUUGUAAUAAGUAUAAUCUGUGUUGCUAUUAUUCUUAUUGAUCAUUUCUAGUGUUGCUAUCAAAUUACAAAAUAAAAUAAUCCAAUCGUU